GUCCGCUCUCGCAACCCAAAGAUAUCACAUCCCAAAAGACAUAAUAAUCAAUAACCUCUCUAGCCAAACACAUAGAAAUCCGUCAGCCACCAUGCUCACCCACCUCCGCCUCUUCGCCCUCGCCACGGCAGCGCUGGCCCCGCUGGCCUCCGCCGUCGGCAACGCGCGGGUGGUCAACAACUGCGACGCGGCCGUCUACCUCUGGUCCGUGGGCGCGGCGGUGUCCGGGCCGUACGAGCUGGCCGCGGGCGGCGGCUCCUACGCGGAGCCGUUCACCAAGGACCCGACGACGGGCGGGCGCGCGCUCAAGGUGACGCACUCGAACGACGGCCUGUACACGGGCGAGCCGCAGACCAUCUUCGCCUACAACCUCGACGGCGCCAGCGUGUGGUACGACCUGAGCGACGUCUUCGGCGACGGCUUUGCCGGCCACAAGCUCGUCGAGGCCAGCGCCGAGCCCUCCUGCCCGUCCAUCAUCUGGCCCACCGGCGUGCCGCCCGCUGGUAGCCAGGUCAAGGUGUGCACGGCCGACAAGGAUGUUGUAUUGACCCUGUGCGCGUCGUAAUUAAACUUUGGGUGGUUGUAAACCGGCGUUGGUGGGUAGGGAAGAGAAGGAGGGAAGAACUGCGCGGGGGUUAUGAAGUUGGGCGUUUGGAGACGGGCAGUGUAAGGAGCUGUUGGACUGCAUUGGAGGAGUCGGCUGGUGUACAUACGUGAGAUGAUUGGCUCUGGGCAAUGCACUUCUGUCCACACAAUUCUUCAGGUUGGGCUGAUCCAGUUCGCUAGUUGUUGCGGAAUGGUCAAAUCAUGGCUACGUGUGUACCUGGCGGUGUCCUGCUCAUGGGUGGUCAUGAUCGUAACUUCCGG